UUCAGCACAUCACUAUGGCCAAUUGGAUUUGAUUAGAUUCAUUGUCUAUCUGAAGCAACCGGUGUUUUUCCAGAAUUUUAUUUCUUAUAAAUAGUACUUGUUAUUAAACGAAAAUAUUCAUUAUUAAUAUUAACAAAGCCCAAGCAACAUGAUCAAGAACGCUGUAUCUUUGGUAACUGGUGGCGCUUCUGGCUUAGGACGCGCCACAGUUGAACGGCUGGCUCGUCAAGGUGCUCGUGUUGUACUGGCCGAUUUAAGCAGCUCCAAAGGCAGUGAGGCGGCACGAGAAAUAGGUGAUAAUGUGAUUUUUGCACCAGUCGAUGUGACCUCGGAAAAAGAUGUGCAAGCAGCAGUGCAAACUGCCAAAGAGAAGUUUGGACGCCUUGAUUUAAUUGUUAAUUGUGCUGGCACAGCUACUGCUAUAAAAACCUAUAACUUUAACAAGAAUGUCGCUCAUCGUUUGGAUGACUUCACUCGUGUCAUCAUGGUCAACACAGUUGGCACUUUCAACGUUAUUCGUCUUGGUGCAGGUGUAAUGGGUGCCAAUGAACCGAACAAGGAUGGUCAACGUGGAGUCAUUGUAAACACCGCAUCCGUAGCUGCUUUCGAUGGUCAAAUUGGACAGGCCGCAUACUCGGCCUCUAAGUCUGCUGUUGUUGGCAUGACUCUUCCUAUUGCGCGCGAUCUAAGCACACAAGGCAUUCGUGUGUGCACCAUAGCUCCUGGUCUAUUCAAUACACCUAUGUUGAUGGCUUUGCCCGAAAAGGUGCGUGCAUUCUUGGCCAAAUCAAUUCCGUUUCCGCAACGUUUGGGUGACCCAUCCGAAUAUGCUCACUUAGUGCAGGCGAUCUACGAAAAUCCAUUGCUGAACGGUGAAACCAUUCGUCUCGAUGGUGCUCUUCGCAUGCAGCCUUAAAUGUUGGAGUUUGUAUCCUAAUCCCUUAAUUUCGUGGGAUAAAUUAUUGCAUUUAAUAUGAACGAAAUUUUUGUAAAUCUAGGCAUUAAGAUGGAUAUUACAUACUAAAAAGUCGAAAAGCUCGAUUUCAAAUUUGUUAAAACGAGUAUAAAGUGAGUUUUUCUAUAUACUUUUUAUAAAAAAAAAUAAAUGAAAAUACAUACAUACAUAAAA